AUGAAUUCAUUCUUGUUUCUCACGUUUGUAGGAGUGUUGUGUGGUGUUGUAAAAGCCACUAUUGUGUCGGAAACUGAAACAAAUCGAGAACCGGUGGCCAGAAGCAUCAUACUUCCAGGUGCCAGUCUUCCCCGUACAUCAUGCCAGGAACAGGUGGCGACCAAUCCGUGCGUGAACAAUGCCUUGCAGGCCCUUACCUUCCCCCACCCUAGCGACUCCGCAAAGUUCCUCCAGUGCGGGCUGUACGGACGUAUGUACACCGUCCAGUGUCCCGCAUUGGAGCUGUACGAUCAGGCAACGUCUUCCUGCAUUUCACCAAAGGCAAGCUUAACGUCCAAGCCGACCUACAUCACCUCUCUCGGCAUUCCAAGUCCAUGCACAGCCCAAAGCCUACAGGCAGGCCGGAUAUUCUUCUCCGUUUCAAAUAGUAACAAGCAAUUCAUCCAGUGUGACGCAGCUGGAAAUGCCCGCGUGAUAACAUGCCCUAACCCGAUGUUCUGGGACCAGAACAGGCAAUCGUGUGUUUUCUCGCUUCAAGGCGGUGUUGUUAACCCUGGCAAUAUGGCUGCAGUCACAGGUAUAUUGAACGGUGCGAACCCGUGUACCGCCCAGGCAAUCAGCGCUCAGGCCCUGUUCUUCUCGCACCCCGAUCCCACCAAGUUCAUCCAGUGUGACCUGCAAGGGAACGCGUUCGUCCAGAGGUGCCCAUCUGGUCUCGUGUGGAACCAGUAUUUGGAGACGUGUGCUUCUCAGCUUGCGUCCUAUACACUCACCGGGCAGACAAACACAUCAGGAUAG